AUGGUAUACGGCAAGUAUAGCUGUUUCCUGCCAGGACACUUGGCGUCUGGAGGUUUACUUAUAUAUUGUAGAAAUCCAUUCGGAUAUCAGCCAUGGCGAGACAAUCGGUCCUUCGAUGCUAUGUUUGAUAUUCUGGAAGCAGACAUUGUCGUUUUCCAAGAAACGAAAAUUCAGAGGAAAGAUCUUCGGGAUGACAUGGUUCUCAUCCCCGGAUGGGAUUGCUUCUUCAGUUUACCGAAGCACAAGAAAGGCUACUCUGGAGUAGUUAUCUACACACGUAAUGCAAGUUGUGCGCCAAUACGCGCAGAGGAAGGGAUUACGGGAUUCUUAUGCCCGCCGAAUUCGACAACGCCCUUUCGCGAAUUGCCUGAUGAUCAGCAAAUCGGCGGAUAUCCUUCUAUCGAACAGUUAUCCGACGUCCAAGUCGAGGCUGCUACGCUUGACUGUGAAGGACGCUGUGUUGUCCUUGAAUUUCCAGCAUUUGUCCUUCUCGGCGUAUAUAGUCCAGCAGCCCGUGAUGAGACCAGAGACGAUUUUCGACAUGGGUUUGUAAGCCUGCUGGACGCACGUAUUCGGAACCUUGUGUCGAUGGGGAAAAGAGUAAUUUUAACCGGCGACCUCAAUAUCUCGACCGGCGAAAUUGAUUCAGCCCAUUUGACAGAAGCCAUACGCAAGGGCACUGGGAAUGAAGAAGAGUAUUUGUCGUCCCCUGUGCGACGUAUAUUCAAUCAGCUAGUUGAAGGGACGAAGGUGAUCAGCGAGCGUGACGAAGGAAGGGAGACACCCGCGUUAUAUGAUAUAUGUCGAUCGUUCCACCCUGGAAGAAGAGGCAUGUAUACCUGUUGGGAGACCAGGGUGAAUGCCAGACCGGGUAACUAUGGUGCAAGGAUCGACUACGUUCUCAGUAGUCUCGAUAUGAAGGACUGGUGGGCGGACUCAAACAUCCAAGAGGGUCUCAUGGGCUCUGACCAUUGUCCCGUAUUUGCCGUUUUCAAUGAUAAAGUGCUAUUUGAUGGCGUUCGGGUCGAUAUUCACGACAUAGUCAAUCCUCCAGGGGUGUUUAAGGAUGGAGAACGGCAACGAGAAUAUUCAACCAAGGAUCUGCUGCCUCUGUCUGGUCGUCUUAUCCCGGAAUUCAACAGUCGUAGAAGCAUUAAGGAUAUGUUUUUCGGAAAACCAUCCUCGUUGUCUUCGAGCGGUAGCCGCACACCAGAGAAUGCUCCUGGGAAGGAAAGCCAGACGCCAACAAUACCCGAGCCCAACCUCGAGGAUGCAGUUUCACUAGGCCAAACGCAAUCCAAGCCUACGCUACCGGUAACUGAACGGACACCAAGCAGUCUUUCGAAUGGUACUUCUAAACGAUUACGUGCCGAGAAUAUCUCCGCGCCGCCUCCCAAAAGGACCAAAUCGUCUGGGAAAUCCGAGUCUAGCAAGGGACAGCAAAGCCUGAUGGGGUUUUUCCGGCCCAAGCAGACGGCAGAAGCGCAACCACAAGGUAACAAUCAGCACAACACGUCACAAACCAGCCCUACGAAACAAACGACAUCUAUCUCUGAGCCCUCUACAGCACGAACCGAAACAUCGACAUCAGACACGCAAGAGGAGACUAUCAUUGAUCCCAUCGUUAGCAAAGAGUCAUGGUCGAAACUAUUCACCAAGAAAGAAGCACCCAAAUGCGAAGAGCACCAGGAGCCCUGCAUGAUGAUGACCACGAAGAAAGCGGGUGUCAACUGUGGGCGGUCCUUCUGGAUGUGCUCGCGACCGCUGGGCCCGACGGGGCAGAAGGAGAAAGGGACGCAGUGGCGAUGCGGGACAUUUAUCUGGGCGAGCGAUUGGAAUGGCUAG